AUGGCAUCUUUCAGAUUCUGCGCAGAGUGCAAUAACAUGUUGUACCCAAAGGAGGACAAAGAGGAUCAACGUCUACUCUAUGCAUGUCGAAAUUGUGGAUAUACCGAAUUAGCAGAAAACCCCAAAGUGUAUCGUCACGAAUUAAUGACUAACAUCGGUGCCACUGCUGGUGUUGUUGAAGAUAUCGGCAAUGAUCCAACUUUACCCCGAAGUGAUAAAGAAUGUACCCGUUGUGGGAACCGCGAUUGUGUGUUUUUCCAAUCACAACAAAGGCGUAAAGAUACAAGUAUGAUUUUGUUCUUUGUAUGUUUAGAGUGCAAGAACGUUUUUCAAGCAUAG